GUCGGAUCAAAACAAAAGUGAACAAAUUCCUAUUUUUUACGGUUUUUACGUGAUUUUUAGUUAUUUUUAAAUGUCUUCUCAAAUUCGAACGCUUAUAAGUCGAAAGAUUACAGAGGCCAUAAAACACGAUGUUGGAGUUGCAUCUCAAAUCUCUACCAUGCUGGAGUUGGAUAAAAACCGCCCUGAUCCAGAAUUUUACCUUAAUAUGCGAGAAUUGAACGACUUAUGCGGAAAUAAAGAACAAAAAAUCGACGUAAAUGACCUUUUGAAGCUCGAUUCGGAUCGUUGUGAAAUUCUUCAAAGCGUAAAACUGAAAGUCAAACCGCCGAAUAACGAAAAGGUCGUCUUCAAAGUUGAUAAAAGACGAUUUAUGGAAGAAACGUUAUUACGCACCAAUGAAAUUCUUUCGGAAAAAGUCGAAAAAGCCAAAACUGUGAUAGUUGAGUUCAGUUCACCAAAUAUUGCAAAGCCUUUUCACGUUGGUCACUUACGUUCAACGAUAAUUGGCAACUUUUUGUCGAACCUUAACGAGCAUUUGGGACAUCGCGUGCAUCGACUCAACUAUUUGGGCGAUUGGGGCACGCAAUUUGGGUAUUUAAACGUUGGCGUCGACUUGAAAGGAUUCACAGAGAACGAAAUUCAGGCGAAACCCAUCGAGAAAUUGUACGAAGCUUAUGUUUAUGCGAAUCAAAUGAGUGAAAAGGAUCCCGAAAUUCACAAAAAAGCGAUGGAAAUCUUCAAAAAUUUAGAAAGCGGAAGUUAUGACAAACUUGAAAGAUGGAAUUCGUAUAAAAAAUUCACUGUGGAUGAGUUGACACGAUUGUACGAGAGACUAAAUGUUCAUUUCGACGAAUAUCAUUGGGAAUCGAUGUACGGAAUAAAUGCAGUUCAGAAUGUCGUGAGACAAUUAAGUGACACGGGAGUGCUAAGUGACUCGGAAGACGGGCGAAAAAUCGCAAAAGUUGGCGAUAGAGUAGUUCCUGUGGUCAAAAGUGAUGGCACAACGUUGUACUUGACACGCGAUAUCGCCGCUUACAUAGAUCGCUAUGAAAAAUUCAACUUUGAUGAAAUUUACUACAUUGUCGAUAAUGGACAAAAUGAUCAUUUUACGGCACUUUUCAACAUAAUUCAACAACUAAAACUGCCAUUCGCUGGAAGAGGGACUCACAUAAAGUUCGGAAGGAUCAACGGAAUGAGCACAAGAAAAGGUUCUGCGAUAUUUUUAAAAGAUAUUUUAGACGAAGCUCGAGAUAUUAUGUACGAAAAACAAGUACAAUCAGCAACAACUAAAAUUGACAUUUCCAACACAAACGAAGCCUCAACAGAUAUCCUUGGAACAUCAGCCAUCAUCAUAAAUGACCUCAAACAACGCAGAAAUAAUCAAUACACCUUCAACUGGGACAAUGCCUUACAAACUAACGGCGAUUCAGGCAUAAAACUUCAAUACACGCACUGUCGUUUAUGCAGUUUAGAGGAAAAUUCGGGUGCAAGUAUCGCUAAUGACGUAAAUGUUGAUUUUCUACAAGAGCCAGAAGCUGUUUCAGUUGUUAUUGAAUUAGGAAAGUUCCCAGAAGCAAUUGCGAGAGCUCAUAAAACGCAAGAAGCGUGCGUUAUAGUGAAUUAUCUCUUCAGUUUGUGUAAUACGACAAGCAAAGCCUUAAAAAAGUUGAAUAUCAAGCAAGAACCCAACGAGGAACGAAAAAGCCAAAGACAAUUGUUGUUUAAUCGCGUAAAAUUAACGUUAAACGUUGGAAUGCGAAUAUUAGGUUUAAAACCUUUAACUCGCAUGUAAGGAUUUUCAUCGAUUUGAGACCCGGUUAGACUGAAUAAACGUUAAAUUCAUCAUAAAAAUCUUUAUUCGUUAAAUCUUUGUUAAGUUAUCGACUUAAAAUUAGUCAUUAAUCAACAUUAUAGUAUAAAAAACUAUCAGA